AUGGAUUCCAUGCCAAUCCGAACCCUUUCCGUACACGAGCAUGACUAUAUGAAGGUCGUGGAGCCCAGCACGGAUGCUCAGCAUGUUGAGAAUGUGGCAGAGACCAAGGACGCUGCGAGGCCACGUCUUCCAAAGGGAGUCUCAGAAACGGCCGCGGAAAAGCAGAAACAUUGGUUCAUUGGAAGUAUAGACUGUGGGACAACAAGUUCCAGGUUUUUGAUCUUCAAUGGCGAUGGAAACCCAAUCGCUAGUCACCAAAUCGAAUUUGAGAACAUUUACCCGGAUUCUGGAUGGCAUGAACACGAUCCACAAGAGCUAGUUGACUCUGUUGAAGAAUGUAUAGAAAAGGCAACCGAGAAGUUUGUGGAAGAAGGUUAUGAGAAGAGCCAGAUCAAGGCUAUUGGAAUUACGAACCAGAGGGAAACGACUAUCUGCUGGGACACAAAUACUGGGGAACCACUCUAUAAUGCCAUCGUUUGGCCCGACACUCGCACGACCUCAAUUGUGCGAGAGCUCAGGAAGCGAGAAGGCGCAGACAAGCUUCAAGAAAUCUGCGGACUGCCCAUCUCAACAUAUCCUUCCAGUGUUAAGCUUCUUUGGCUAUACCGGAAUGUUGAGGCCGUCAAAAAAGCCUACGAGGAAGGACGACUUUCCUUUGGUACUGUUGACACCUGGCUUAUUUACAAACUCAAUGGAGGCAAAGAGGGGGGUAUCCAUGUCACAGAUUCCACCAAUGCUUCCCGAACAAUGUUCAUGAACCUGCACACACUCGAAUACGAUGACAAGCUUCUGGAAUUUUUCCAACUCGACCGGAAAAAUAUUACGCUUCCGAAGAUCGUACCAUCUUCAGACAAAGAUGCAUUUGGUGCUUUAGCAUCCACUGCGUUGAAGGGGAUCAAGAUUACAGGAUGUCUCGGAGAUCAGUCGGCAGCAUUAGUUGGCCAAUGUGGAUUUUCUCCAGGAGAAGCCAAAAAUACAUAUGGAACCGGCUGCUUUCUUCUUUACAACGUUGGCGACAAACCUGUCAUCUCAAAAUAUGGUCUUCUGGCGACGGUUGCAUAUGACUUCGGUGGUGGACGAAAGCCAAUAUACGCUCUCGAGGGUAGUAUUGCAGUUGCCGGAUCCGGUGUCAAAUUUUUGAUGAACAACUUGGGAUUCAUCAAGCAUUCACAUAAGAUUACCGAAUUGGCGGAGACCGUGGAGGACAAUGGCGGGGUUGUUUUUGUUACCGCGUUCAGUGGUCUCUUUGCGCCUUACUGGAUUGAUGAUGCAAAAGGAACUCUUUUUGGUAUCACUGCACACACUCAACGAGGUCAUAUUGCCCGAGCAACUUUAGAAGCGACCUGCUACCAGACCAAAGCCAUUCUGAAUGCCAUGGAGAAAGACUCGGGUCACAAGCUUGAGAAGCUUGCAGUUGAUGGAGGAAUGUCAAACUCAAAUCUUUGCAUGCAGACGCAAGCAGACAUUAUUGGCAUACCAGUGGAUCGUCCGGUUAUGCGCGAGACAACCGCUCUUGGAGCUGCUAUAGCAGCUGGCUUUGCUGUGGAUAUCUGGCAAGAGUUUGACGAGCUGAAGGAGAUUAAUAAGGAGGACAGAACAAUCUUCACAUCAAAGGUGGAAAAGACUAAAAGUGAUGCCAUGUUCAAGAAAUGGGAACAAGCUGUGGAAAUGAGUAAAGGUUGGGUCUUGGACAACACGACAGAAGAAGAAUAG